UUCUUCAUUUCUUCUUCUUUGCUCUUUCUCCACACUUAUUCUGACUACAACAGAUGAAGAUUGCUUGGAGCAUUCUUAGUACUCUUACUCUUUGCCUAGUAGUGGCAUUAUUUGCCCAAGACGUCAAUGCCGAUGCUCGAGAACAAGCACUCGCGUAUCUGCGAAAAUACAAGAUCCCAUACCGCAGGGAAAUAUCCAAUGUCAUCACUUCUGCAGACAACAAACUGAACAAACACGACGACGACGACUACCUUUUACAGACGGUGAAAUACUACCGGGACUCUGUAGCCAUGAACGUCGAUCUGUUUGGCGAAAAGAUUGAUCGAAUUCUGAAAGGAUUACGCAUCAAGCUCGAGCAACAGCACCAGCUCACACAAAAUAGCAUUGAAGGCUUGAUGGAAUUAUUGCAACACGCGCUGCGACGACUGGAACUGCGCGGCGAAUUGACACGUGAACGAGUAUUUGCCGAGCUCGACAAGCUGAAACACAAGGCGAUCGAAAAGAAACUGGUCACCGAAGCACAAUGGAAACAGCUCGUGAACGAUGUUGCGGGCUCAUUUGAAGCCGAUGCAUGGUACCGACGGUUUUUGGGUGGCCGAUACCAUCGACACCACCAUGACGAUGACCAAGACGAUGGCUUCCAUCGUUGGAAACAACAUUUGCAACGCCGACUCAAACAUAACAAGAGGCUGACCGAAGCACAAAUCGAUCAGAGUCUGGAUACGGUCCAACGGGCGAUCCACAAUACACCCGAUGCAUCCAAAUUGGCUGACUCGCGCUGGUGGCGUCGCGUGGAACGCGAAUUGAAACGCAACCUUGUCGAUCCUGAGCAAGUCAAGAGUGUCAUGGAUUCGGUCCGGGACGAAGUUCAAGCUUACAAGAUCUUUGCCAUGGAUUAUGCGCCAGAGGAAGCCAAGCACUGGUUCUCAGACUGGUAUGACUAUAUCCGUGAUCUGUAUCAUGAAUUUUUCCAGUGGUUGUAUAAACAGUAUAAUGAUGAGCACACGCCAGAGGCAUUGAAGGCCUCGUCGUCUUAUGCUGUCGUGCAAGCCCAUUCCCGGUCUAUGGGUUUGGCUGUUCAAUCUGCCGAAUCAGCUGCUCAAUCAAUGACCCAGGCCGUCCAGGAUACGACUCAGCAUUGGAAAGAUUCGUUUGCAAAGUAUUGGUUGCAGAAGGAGAAACAGGCUUACAAGCGGAUCGGAUAUACGGAAGCACAGCUUCAAUGGUUGCAUGACCAUUUGGAAAAGACUAUCAAAGACCGCAAGUCGUUGGCCAAGCAUAAUGUCGAUGCAUCCUUGUAUGCCAUUCGUCGGUAUCUACAAGAAACAAGAGUGCAGUCGGCAACACAGAUCGAACAUCAAAUCAGUCGUAUCCAGCACUUGUUGGAAAUGUGGAAACAAACUUUACCAACCGAGCGCGUUGAACUAUAAGUCGGUCCCAGACCUCCCUUUCAUCUCCUCUUUUCUCUUCUUCUUUUUUUUGCUGUACAUAGUAAUGUUUCCCAUCGUCUUUGCUAAUGACUCUUUGUCAAUAAUAUUACCACAAUGUUAUUUUCUC